UAUUGGCAAAGCCCGCCCACGCCUUCAUCUUCAUCUUCAUCCUCACUCUCCCCCCCCCCCCCCAAAACCCAUUGUCGACGAAUAUAGAUAGGGUUCUCUUCACCAUUGCCGCCUGGUUUUUCAAGCUGAGACGCCACUCCACCAUUGUCGCCGGCUUUUGCAAGAUUUGGUCAGCGUUCGCUCGCUCCUCUUUUGGUCGGAAGUCCAGAAGAUCAAGCCGGCGGUGGUUCCUGUUCCCUCGCCGCCGGUUGUUCCCUCUCCCGUCGCCGCCUGUCGUUCCCGCUCUAAAAUAACUCCCCGACAGGUGCUUCAUUGAGCCAUAGGAAAUGAAUAAAGUCGUAGAGCUUUGCACUUACACUAACCUGCCCAGAUGGGAAUUUUGAAAGAUUGGUUUUAGUUACUCGCCAGCUAAUCAAGUGCAACAGGAUGUUGUUCCCAGUUUAAAACCAUGCAAUUAAGAGAAAAAACAACAAUGUUGAGAAAUGUCAAGAUAUUGAUGCCACACCUAAUUUCAAAGAUGCCAAGAUAUUGAUGCAGACUAAGCCCCAAACCCUAUUAGCCAUUAGAUAAUCAAUUCUAUUUUAGAAGACGAAGGAAAUGAAAAAUGAGUGACAUAGGAAAUCAUAUUGUGCUUGCGGAAUCAUUCGAAGAUAAUGAGGAAACUUUCAUUGCUAAUGAGGAAAUUAUAGAAGAUAAUGAGUGUCCUACGUUAAACAACGAAUUUCCAGGAGAAGACAGUGAUUUUGUCCCUAAGGUUGGAAUGAAGUUCAAUGAUGAGAAUGAAGUUUUCGAAUUUUAUAAAAGGUAUGCUUACCAUGUUGAUUUUCCUGUUAAAAGAAGGAAUUUGAAGAAGGGUGAUGAUGGGGUGGUACGACAUGUGGGAUAUGCUUGUAGUCGAGAAGACAAAAGAAAUAUUAAAGCCAGCACCUCUCUAAAGCCUCAACCAACUAUUUAGUUAGGGUGUAAAGCUAGGAUGACAGCAUGUUCAGAUGUUUUAGGAACAUGGCAAAUAAGCAUGGUCCAUCUUGAGCAUAACUAUAAAACAAGUCCAACCAAAUCUAGGUUAUAUCGAUGUAACAGGCAGUUGAGCGAACAUGUGAAACGACAGCUUCAAGUGAAUGAUAUAGCUGGAAUUCCAUUACACAAAAGUUAUAACUUAGUUAUUGUUGAAGCUGGUGGAUAUGAGAACCUGACGUUUGUGAAAAAUGAUUGCAGGAAUUACAUUAAUCAGGUGGGGAGGUUAAGACUUGGGGAAGGAGAUGCUGCUGCUAUUCAAGUUUAUUUUUCGAAAAUGCAAGCAUUUUGUCCGAGUUUUUACUUUAGUGUGGAUUUGGACGAAGAGUGCCGAUUAAAAAACGUCUUUUGGGUUGAUAAUAGGUGUAGACAAGCAUACAAGGAAUUUAACGAUGUUUUCACAUUUGACAUCACAUACUUAACCAAUAGGUAUGAAAUGUCAUUUGCUUCAUUUGUUGGUAUAAAUCACCACGGACAGUCAAUAUUGCUUGGAUGUGGUAUAAUUUUCAAUGAGGACACCAAGACUUUUGUGUGGCUGUUUAGGAGAUGGCUUGAGUGCAUGGAGGAUCAGGUUCCCGCAGGAAUAAUCACUGAUCAAGAUAAGGCUAUGCAAAAUGCUAUUGAGAUAGUCUUUCCUAACACGAAGCAUAGAUGGUGUUUGUGGCAUAUAUUAAAGAAGUUGCCUGUAAAAUUUGGAAACCAUAGUUGUCAGGCUUAUAUUUUUUCGGCCAUACAUGAUGCGGUGUAUGAAUCACAAAGUCCUAGAGAAUUUGAAAAAGCUUGGAAUUCAAUGAUUGAGAAAUAUGAAUUGCAUGACAAUGAUUGGUUGUCUGGACUUUAUAGAGAAAGAGGCCGUUGGGUCCCAUGUUUCUUGAAAACUAGUUUUUGGGUAGAUAUGUCAACAACGCGACGAAAUAAGGGUAUGAACGCAUUCUUCGAUGGAUAUGUACACUCGAAAACCUCAUUGAAGCAAUUUAUUGAACAAUAUGAGCGAGCAAUGAGGUGUAAAAUUGAAAAGGAGUUUCAAGCCGACGUUAAGUCAUUUUCUCAAGUGGUCCCAUGUGCAUCGAAGUAUGAUAUUUUCAGGAAGUGUACAUAAUCUCAAAAUUCAAGGAGUUUCAAGAAGAGUUCACUGGGAUGAUAUAUUGCGCGAUUGUGUCUACCAAGGAGGGACUAUUGGGUACGAGGUACGAGGUACGAGAAGAUAUCAUAUUUGACGAAAUAGUGAAGCAAAAAAAAUAUUUGGUUGUUUUUGAGGAAGAUAAAUGUGAUAUUGCUUGCAGCUGUCACAUGUUCGAGUUUAAGGGAAUAAUUUGCAGACAUGCUACUAUAGUUUUGAUCCAAAAUGGUGUUAGAUCAAUUCCUGAGAGAUAUCUUACGACGAUGGAAGAGAGAUGUCAGUAGAUCCUACAUGAGGGUCAAGAUCAAUUAUAAUGGUUGGAUUAGUACGCCUAGCCAGUUAAGAUACGAUGAACUGUGUAGUGCGUUUGCUAAGGUAGCAGACUUGGUAGCAGAUGAUGAAGAACGAACCCGAGCAACUAUGGAGUGGAUCCAAUCUCAAUUGAAUGCAUUGAACACAUCCAAAGCGAAUUCGAGUUGUGGUAGUCAUAUAUAUGCUCAACAUAGUGUGCAAGAACAAGUCCCUGAUUGUGGAGGGGCAACAACAGCUUCAAGCGGUCAAAUAUUUGAUCCGAGAUGCUCGCAAACAAAGGGAGCCCCUAAGAAGUUUCGCAAGAAGGGCCCAUUGGAAAGAAAUACCAAGAAAACGAAGGUGGGAUCUUCGAAAUCAAAUGAAGGCAAGGCACCAAAGUAAAACAUUGUUCAAGAUACUCAAGCAUUCAAUCAAGGUUUUUCACAACAUGCACAGUAUCACACGCUUACACCAUUCUCGUACGCACAACAUUUGAUGGCUGCUCCCUAUCAAACUUGGAAUAUUGCUCACGGAGUGCCUACCUUUGGCAUGGCUCAUCCUUUUAUGCCAAUGAACCCGCCCCACCGACAGCCUGAUGACAACUCAACAGAUUUUUGAGAUCAUUGUAUUUUUUAAAAUUUCACUCAUUGAGACGGUGUUUAUUCCUUAUUUAAUUGAAUAUGCUUGUAUAUAUGUUCCCUGUAUUUCUGAAAAAAACAAGUUUCCCCAGAUUUUCUUAUUCCAUGUUCUUCCUUUUAAUUCUAUUUGACUUUUCAUUUGUGAUUUUUGAGUACUUGCUAGAAUAAAUACUCUCUAACUAUGUUUUCAUGUAUUGCAACAUUGCAGCUGCCUGAAUAUGAAGAGAGCAGAAAGAGUUUUCCCAAAAUUUGCAUGUCUGUCAACCAGUCAGGAUCCUCUCCUUGUGCUCUUUGUCCUUCUUUAGUUCUUUUAGUUACCUUUUGUGUGGGAGUUGAUGCAUUGAGUCUCAUUGACAAUAUCAAAUGGAAAGAUGCAGUGACCAUUUACGAUGGUUUGGGGACAUUCUAGGCUGGAAUCAAGAAUCAUGAAAAUAAUAUUUUCUAUAGAAUAUUGUUAUAUAAAAAUGCUAUCAAAAUGGUUUGGUAGUGACCGUUUUAAAGAAUAUUGUUAUUUAAAAUUUCACUCAUUGAGAUGGUGUUUAUUGCUUCUUUAAUUGAAUAUGCUUGUAUAAGUUGUAUAAGUUGAAUCUGUGAUUUUUUUGUCAAGUGGUUGAUGUUGGUUAUUAAGGGCUUUAGUUAGGGGUGGGAAGAUGGAAUAGAUUUUUUGUCAAUUUCCCUUUCUCUUUGAUUUUUAGCUAUUAAUCUAAACCAAAAAAAGACUGAUUCUACACAUUCUCAUUUGGUUUCUACCCCUUUUUCUGUUGAAAUUGAUUUAAUUAUCUUUUAAACUUGUAUUUAAAAGCUUGGGUUUACCCAAUUCCUCUUUGGUUUUGGAUUCAAUUUCCACUUUUGUUUCUAAUUCGUCAAUUGAUCAUAAUCUUCCUGAACUGAACUAUACAUAAAAUCUCUCUGUUUCGUGCAAUACAUAAAUUCUUUACUUGUCUUCCUGAACUGAACUAUACCAUCAAACCAUUUAGAUUUGAGAUUCACUCCUGCAACACAAACACCUGAAUAUAACUUUAGAAAGUAUUUAAUCAAUGCUUUCUUUCUUCAGGUCAAUGUCAAUUUUAUCUUUUGUCUAUUGAUGAAAACCACUAUGUCAUGGAGAUGGACCUCAUAAGAAGGUAUUGAUCUUUUAUAGUCAGCUUGGUAGAAACUUUUGAGAUUCAUAUUGACAACCAUGCAGGUCCUGAAAGAAAGCUUCAAAAUAUACUGUGCCAUUAACGAUGGGAUCAUCAAUCUAGUGGACUUGGUGUUUUCACUGAAGUACUUGCAGAAAUAUAUAAAAUGAACUGCAUUGACCUGCUUCCCAAUUGUCGAGUGCUGAAGCCUUGCAUUUCUGGGUCUGUCAGGUUUAGGUGGCUGUCUUCUUGAUUUUCUGUAGUCAUGGUUUGUAGAAGACAUAUCCAAAAUGAGUUGGAACCUGCAAGUUGAAGCUAACUAUGUAAAUGCUAGCUUUCCUUAUAAUUCAACUGGUAACUUUAUCAAUUUCUUUGAAGCCCUUGCAUAUGAACAUGUGAA